AUGGCAAAGGCUGUCGAGAAAGCAGUUUUCCCUAUGACAUGGCUCUUGUACCAAGGGUUGAGAUUAUACUCGAUGGCCAGUCCAUUGAGCGCUCUUCGAGUGGGGAGCGCUCUUGUCUCAACGCUUGGUGCACAUGCCGACCGGCCAUUGAGGAGGAAAAAGACCUUGGAUGUCGGCACUGGUACUAGUGGUCCAGCCAUUGAUCAGGAGGGAUAA